AAGCUUCACUCGGGUUUGUUUAUCGGUGACACCCCGGGAACAGCUGUUGGAUCGGCUAACAGCUACAGCCAACAUACCGGCUAACUGAACGUUUAUCAACAUUAUAUCACUGUUUUACGCCUUUUUACUCUACAGGUUGCUUGGAGACUGUUGCCAUGGAGCCUGCCUGCCGUAAAGACAAGCAGAAGCUGAACUCCACCCCGACUAGAGGAGACCGAGCCAAGCAGAAAUCUGCUCAGCAAGAGCUCAAACAGCGGCAGAGAGCAGAGAUUUAUGCCCUGAACAAAGUGAUGACGGAGUUGGAACAGCAGCAGUUUGAGGCCUUUUGUAAACAGAUGCAGACACAAGGAGAAUGAGGCCUUACUCUUCACAUGGACCAGAAGCUGUUACCAUGCAAAACUACCAUACUAAUGUCAUACAAUCACACACAUUAAUGUUCAAUUAGACAAUCUUUGACCUCCUACUAACUCAAAUUCUUGAUUUUGUAACUUGGAUACGCCAGAGACUAUUAGUAUAAUCAACCGAUCCGAUUGUAGAAGGUGUUGAAGGUAAAUGUGUCCAAAAGAAAACUCUGAAAAUGUAAAUUAAAGCUGCUUCUUUUCAAGACACAUCAAGUCCACAACAUUUCCUUUGCUUAAAUAUCAACGUAUCUUAAAUGUAUCUACUGAGCGUCCUUUUUUAUCAAUACUUCUGAUUUACAUGCUUUGAGAUUUUGAAGUAGAGCAGGUUAAACACAGAGUAGCUGUAAGUGAAUUUACCCAGAUGCAAAUGUUAUUAAGCUGGUUAGCGAUCCUUUAGUUGAAAAGCACACCUGAAAACGAGCUUUGGUAUCAGCCGUCAAUCACUAGAGGUUAUCCUCAUUUGGAAAUGCUUCAUAAGCUUCUUGAAAUAACAGUUUUUCCCUGAGAAACAUCCAAUGUGCUUCGGACUCCCAACAGCAGAACAAUACCUUAUUUUCAGUGAAAUGUAAACAUUGUUUAAUGUAGCUUUAAAAUACACGGUGCCCUUAGUAUGCCAGUGUUAAUGGUGCUCACUUUGAAUCACUUUCUGUGAAUGACAUUGUAUGCAGAGCCAAAUGGCCUGUCCAUGUUUCAUUAUUGCAAUUUGAACUAUUUAUGUCUGAUGACUGAAAUGUGUAUAUUACUGACUGUAUGUCUUCCACCUUCAAUUGACUUUGGAUUGAAUGAGAAUAAAAGUGUUUUUUUUAA